GUUCCGCAACAUGGCGGCAGCCUCGGUUUUCCAGAGAGUGAGAACGGGUUCUAAAAUUGGUGCUCAGUACGAUCAAGAGGGAAACAUCAUCCAGGUAGAGACACGUGAGGAUGAGGAGCAGAGUGUCAAGCUGGCAGAAAUCCUCGAGCUGUUGCUGGCAGCUGGUUAUUUCAGAGCACGCAUUAAGGGACUCUCACCAUUUGAUAAGGUGGUUGGAGGGAUGACAUGGUGUAUCACAACCUGCAGCUUUGACAUAGAUGUUGAUCUGCUUUUCCAAGAAAAUUCUACAAUCGGCCAGAAGAUAGCUCUGACGGAGAAGAUAGUUUCUGUGCUUCCCAGGAUGAAGUGUCCCCACAGACUGGAGCCCCAUCAGAUCCAGGGGCUUGACUUCAUUCACAUCUUCCCUGUGGUGCAGUGGCUGGUGAAGCGUGCAAUAGAGACUCGGGAGGAAAUGGGAGAUUAUGUGCGUGCAUACUCCAUCUCGCAGUUCCAGAAAAUGCACACCUUUCCUGAGGAUGAGGAGUUUGAGCAGAGAAAGCAGAAAGCAGUGAGAACAGUAGUGGACGUCUGUGAAGCGUAUGCUCCUCAGAGGCGAUAUAAGAGACAGGCUAAUGCAGGAGAGCUGCUGGAUGAAGAGUCCAGGGUUCACUCCACCCUGCUGGAGUAUGGCAGUCCAUGCCUAACUAUUUCCCUCUACCUGCAACGUUAUGGUUUUAGCAAGCAUUCUAAACAAGAUAAAGCUGAUGAAAAGAAGCUGCAGUUGGCCCAGGGUGCACAGGGCCGGCCCCCUGGCAUGGCUGAGUUGUCGGAGGAAGAGGACCUGCAAGCCGCUGAGGAACUCCGAAUCAAGGCCCUUAUGACUGGAAUGGCUGCCAUGGCAACAGAAGAGGGAAGGCUGACCGCAAGCACAGUGGGGCAGAUUGUUGGACUGCAGUCAGAGGAAAUAAAGCAGAUUGCCUUUGAGUAUGCAGAGAAGGCAGAGCGCUCUGCAGAGGAUCGUCUGGAGCGCUAUGGUCCUGUUCAGCAGCACCGCCGCAUAGUCACGUCACUGAACAAACAAAUUCAACAGAGGAGCAAAGAGCUGGAGGAGAUGCAGAUCAAGGAGCAGGAAGUGAGAGCAGCCUGUGAAGAAGCCAAGAGCAAACUAACUGAGGCCACAGAACUGGGUGAGCGCUUGCAGCAGGAGCUCAGUACUCUGGCUGAUGUGGAAGCUCAGGCUGACUCUGGUCUGCUGGAGAAGCUCCGUGCCCUUGUGGCCAUGAAUGAGAACCUGAAACAGCAGGAGCAGGAGUUCCGCGCGCACUGCCGUGAGGAGAUGACCCGGCUGCAGCAGAGUAUUGAAGACCUGAAGAUUGAGAUUGGAGAUGAGGCUGAAGAUCAGAAGGAGAGGAACCAGCUGGUAGACCAGCAGCACAGGGCUGACCAGGAAAAGCUGCAAAAGAUCCGCCUGCUGAUGGCUCGGAGGAACCGUGAGAUUGCCAUCCUCCAGAGGAAGAUCGAUGAGGUGCCCAGCAGAGCUGAGCUCACACAGUACCAGAAACGCUUCAUUGAACUUUAUAGCCAAGUCUCUGCAACGCACAAAGAGACCAAGCAGUUCUUUACUCUCUACAAUACACUAGAUGACAAGAAGGUGUACCUGGAGAAGGAGGUGAAUUUGCUAAACUCCAUCCAUGAUAACUUCCAGCAGGCCAUGGCAUCAUCGGGCGCUAAAGACCAGUUCCUCAGGCAGAUGGAGCAGAUAGUGGAAGGAAUCAAACAAAGUCGAAUUAAGAUGGAGAAGAAAAAGCAGGAGAAUAAGAUGAGGAGAGAUCAGCUGAAUGACGAGUAUCUGGAACUGCUGGACAAACAAAGGCUCUACUUCAAAACGGUUAAAGACUUUAAAGAGGAGUGCCGUAAGAAUGAGAUGUUGCUGUCUAAGCUGAGGGCAGAGGAAGCGUUCUAAUCUCAUACACACCUUUUCCGUAGUGUUGGAAGCUUUGGGUCUGUAGUUUCACUUCUGAUUGCACAGACUCUUAUUCCAGUGUGGUGGGGCCCCGUGGUAAGGCGAGCACUUAUACCCACAAACCAACAUGUGAGGAGACAGGCUAUAUUUCUAGAAUUUGUGCUCAACUUGCAUACAUCCAGAAAUGUCUGGGCCAUCGCUGGAGGUUCACUGCAUUAAUUGUCAAGAUCAGUCAAAAGGAAAAAAAGAUGUAAUUAUGGGUAUUAUUGGGUUUGAGAUAUCUCACAGGUGACCCAGUAGACCUGUAUGACGUCUUGCGGCGCCUAACAUUUAAUUCAGUGCACAUUACAUUUGUGUCCUGUUUUACGUGAUUUAACUCUUUGUAUCCUGCCUUUGGCUAACUUAUGAAAUUAAAUAAGCUGUCUGCAUUAUCA